GAGGCAGCCUCGCGAGAGCUGCAGCAAGCAAGAGGCGCCGGCGGGCGCUGCGGGUGGGGAGCCUGGCAAGCUGUUUGCAGGACUGGAAGCCCAGCGGGAGCAGUGCUUCCUAGUGCUUUGGUGGUGGUGUGAGGAGUUACUCUGCGUCGUUGUGAAUAAGGACUGGUAGACACCAUGGGAGAAAGGAUGAACAAUUUCCCCCCUCUCCCUCGAUUCAUCCCCUUGAAGCCAUGUUUUUACCAAGAUUUUGAUGAAGAGAUCCCACCGCUACACCGAACCACAGUCAAGCGCCUUUACUACCUCUGGAUGUUGAAUAGCAUCACCUUGGCAGUGAAUCUGAUUGGCUGUCUUGCAUGGAUGAUCGGAGGCGGUGGAGCGGUUAACUUUGGACUGGCAAUUCUCUGGCUUAUUCUCUUUACACCCUGUUCUUAUGUCUGCUGGUUUAGGCCUAUUUACAAAGCCUUCAAGACAGACAGUUCCUUCAGCUUCAUGGCUUUCUUCUUCACCUUCAUGGCCCAGCUAGUGAUCAGCAUUAUCCAGGCAGUUGGGAUCCCUGGCUGGGGAGUCUGUGGCUGGAUUGCGGCAAUAUCUUUCCUUGGGACCAACGUGGGCUCAGCUGUCGUGAUGCUCAUCCCCACCAUCCUCUUCACAGCCAUGUCUGUUUUCUCCUUCAUUGCCCUCAGUAUGGUGCAUAAAUUUUACCGAGGAAGCGGCGGGAGUUUCAGCAAAGCGCAAGAGGAGUGGACAACGGGAGCCUGGAAGAACCCCCACGUACAACAGGCGGCCCAAAAUGUGGCUGUUGGGGCAGCCCAGGGAGCCGUGAUGCAGCAUGAAACACAAUAUUCGGCCACCCCUAACUAUAAUUACCCGAACGACAUGUGAGAUGCGAUCCAGAUGAGAAUGAUCCCAGGGAGAUUGUGAGCCCAAUGAGUUGGUGGCCUGAGGUGGGCAGGAAGAACUGGAGCAGGAGAGUGUGUGUUUGUGUGUGUGUGUGUACGGGUGUGCGUUUCUGUGAGUGUGGGUGGCGGGGUGGGGUGGGAAAAGUUUCACUGUACAGGAGGGAUGGGGCUGUAUAAUAACUUCCUUGACCGCAGAGAGGUGUCUCGGAUUCUCCUUCUUAUUCCCCCUCUCCUUGACUUUGUUCCUCAAUGAACCGUCCAUGGAGAUAAUUCGUUUGAAGAAAUUGUGUGUGUUGACCUGCAGGACAGUCGUGUUGUGCUGUGGUGACUGUAUGUGUGUGCUACAUUUUCCUUUUGUGAAACAGUGUACAGUAUGGUGGUGGUUUUUUUUCUCUCUCUCUCUCUCUUAAAUUUACCGUGGUGAUAGGUGGUGUUUAUAGUACCAUCGGCAGGGGCAGGUGGGCAGGGGUGCCAAAAGGUUAGCGGGAAGAAGCAGCUCUAAGACCUGGGCACUAAAUGGACUCUCCAGGAAUUUUACUGCUAAUGAUAGUCCAUAAUAAUGACCAUUGUCAGCUAGUUCCUUCUGUCCAAGUAUUUAUUAUUCCUACUGUAUAAGACAUUGACAAGAGCCAGUGUGGUGUAGUGGUUUGAGUACUGGACUGUGACUCUGGAGACCAGGGUUCGAUUCCCACGUUGGCCAUGAAACACAUUGGGUGAUUUU